GUCGAUCCAUCUGCACCCGCCGCAUCGCUGCGCUGCAUUACGUGCGUCCUGCUUCGCCUCUGCACAUCCACAGCAUCCUGGACACCCUCUGUAUCGAGAGAACGCUCGGUGCCAUGACUGUUCCGGACGACUCUCCCGCGCUCAUCCACGAUCGCCUCGACGAAGCCCUCUUGUCGCUCCUCGACAAAUGCGACCGGCUGCAGGAGCUCCAGGCCCGCGCCCACAAGCAUCUUGCAUCGGCUUUCUGGGACUUUGCCAAAGCCAAGUACGUAAUGGGUCCGGAGCGCUUGUGCUCCUUCCAGUACAACAGGCAGGCGCUCAAAGCCCCGGAUCCCCGAGCUUGUGUUGCGGCUCGAUCGGCGACUGGAUCGGACGAGGGCGAUGCACACCCAGCCAGCGGCGAACCCGGGGCUGUCGACUCGCCGGAUGAGCUGGUACUCUCUCGUAAGAGUGCAUGCAAAGCCAUGCACCAGGAUGGAGCCGUCGGUUGCGACAACGGCGAAGACAAGCCCCCUGUAGCCCGCGAUUCCUCGGAUCCUCUCAACUGGUUUGGUGUCCUGUCUCCGCAGUCUCUGAAGGAUGCCCAGCGCGGGUUCUCAGACGCGCUGGAGGUGCUGGUCGAGAUCGCCAACCUGAAUCACCAGAUCCGCGGCCAAGGCCUCCAAAUCCAGCACCUCGAAUCCAAGAUCGACUCAUGUCCAUGUGAUCCACGCUCGAGCUCGUGAGGCUGCAUCAAGACUCGACCAUCGGCCAAGAUGCGCCCUGUGUUUGCUGGCUCCGACGGCGUAUCCCAGUCGCUCACGAUAUCAGCCA